AUGGGCUGUAGUCAGGCUAAAAUCGAGCCGGAAGCAUUAACGCCUGAUGAUGCGAGAAUCAUCAGAGAAACAUGGAAAAUGGUAGGUAGAGAAGCCUAUGGUGAAUAUGGCCAACGGCUCAUGCUCAGGAUUUUUCAAAAAUGUCCAGACAUAAAAUCACUUUGGCAAAAUUCCCGUGUAAUGAACAAUGCAAAUCCUGCAACAACAACAGCCGUUGCCAGUGGUGAUGAUACAGAUGCUCCUAAUACCGCUAAUCGCUGGAAAAUGGAUUUACGAAAUCAUGGUUCAAAAUUUUUUAAUUCUUUAGACGAUCUAAUUAGUGUUGUUGACAAACCUGAAGAAUUAUUUAAAAUGUUAAAUGAUAUUGGUAUUCGACAUAAAAGUUAUGAAGUUAAAUCAGAACAUAUCCAAGCUAUUGUUGAUGGUCUUAAUCAUACAAUGGAAUUUGGUUUACGAGACAAAUGGACAGAUAAUCGACAAAAAUCUUUUGGACGAUUAAUUAAUAUAAUUGUCGCACGUACAAAUCGAGCAUUGACUGCUAAUGAAAAGUGA